GAGCCGGCCCAGCUGCUCUGAGGCUCUGGCAUGGUAACGUCCCCGCGCGGGGGUGGAGAGGCCCGGGGCUGUCUCACAGCGCCCCCUGCGGCCCGGGCUCGGGCCGGGGAGGCGGGAGGGCCGCCGGGGUACCCGGGACCCUGAGGGAGGGCGAGGGGACCGAGGGGUGAGGAAAAGAAGCCCUGUAGUCGGUUCCCGAUUCUGGUCCCCGGCCCCCAGCAGCGCCUGCCCCCUUCCCACCGGGGCCCCCCAUGAUGCCACCACCCUUCAUGCCCCCUCCAGGGCUCCCACCUCCUUUUCCUCCGAUGGGGCUCCCCCCUAUGAGUCAGAGACCACCAGCCAUUCCCCCCAUGCCACCUGGUAUACUGCCCCCAAUGCUUCCACCAAUGGGGGCACCGCCACCACUUACACAGAUACCAGGAAUGGUCCCUCCGAUGAUGCCAGGGAUGCUGAUGCCAGCAGUGCCUGUCACUGCAGCGACGGCUCCGGGUGCGGACACCGCCAGCUCUGCUGUGGCCGGGACAGGCCCUCCGAGGGCCUUAUGGAGUGAACACGUGGCCCCUGAUGGGCGCAUCUACUACUACAAUGCUGAUGAUAAGCAAUCCGUGUGGGAGAAGCCCAGCGUCCUCAAGUCUAAGGCAGAGCUGCUACUGUCCCAGUGUCCCUGGAAAGAGUAUAAGUCAGACACAGGGAAGCCUUACUACUACAACAACCAGAGUCAGGAGUCCCGUUGGACCCGGCCCAAGGACCUGGAUGACCUGGAAGCCCUAGUCAAGCAAGAGUCUGCAGGAAAACAGCAGACCCAGCAACUACAGACACUACAGCCACAACCACCUCAGCCACAGCCUGACCCUCCACCUAUACCUCCGGGUCCCAUCCCAGUGCCUAUGGCCCUCCUGGAACCUGAACCAGGUCGAAGUGAAGACUGUGAUGUGCUGGAGGCUGCCCAGCCCCUGGAGCAGGGCUUCCUGCAGCGGGACGAGGGCCCCAGCAGUUCUACUGGACAGCAUCGGCAACCACAGGAAGAGGAGGAAGCUAAGCCAGAACCAGAGAGAUCUGGCCUCAGUUGGAGCAACCGGGAGAAGGCAAAGCAGGCAUUCAAAGAACUGCUAAGGGACAAGGCUGUCCCUUCCAAUGCUUCGUGGGAACAGGCCAUGAAGAUGGUAGUCACCGACCCCCGCUACAGUGCCUUGCCCAAACUAAGUGAGAAGAAGCAGGCGUUCAAUGCUUACAAGGCUCAGCGGGAGAAGGAGGAGAAAGAGGAGGCCCGGCUGAGAGCCAAGGAGGCCAAGCAGACCCUGCAGCACUUUCUGGAACAGCACGAACGCAUGACCUCCACCACCCGCUACCGGCGGGCAGAACAGACUUUUGGGGACCUGGAGGUCUGGGCUGUGGUCCCUGAGAGAGAUAGAAAAGAAGUUUAUGAUGAUGUCCUCUUCUUCCUGGCCAAGAAGGAGAAGGAACAAGCCAAGCAGCUCCGGCGUAGGAAUAUCCAGGCCCUGAAGAGCAUCCUGGAUGGGAUGAGCAGUGUCAACUUCCACACCACGUGGUCCCAGGCCCAGCAGUACCUCAUGGAUAACCCCAGCUUUGCUCAGGACCAGCAGCUGCAGAACAUGGACAAGGAAGACGCACUUAUCUGCUUUGAGGAGCAUAUCCGAGCUUUGGAGAGAGAGGAGGAGGAGGAGCGGGAACGGGCCCGGCUUCGGGAGCGGCGACAGCAGCGGAAGAAUCGGGAGGCCUUUCAGAGCUUCCUGGACGAGCUGCAUGAGACAGGGCAGCUGCAUUCCAUGUCCACCUGGAUGGAGCUGUACCCGGCAGUCAGCACCGAUGUUCGCUUUGCCAACAUGCUGGGCCAGCCGGGCUCUACUCCUUUGGACUUGUUCAAGUUCUAUGUGGAGGAGUUGAAGGCUCGAUUCCACGAUGAGAAGAAGAUCAUAAAGGAUAUUCUUAAGGACCGGGGCUUCUGUGUGGAGGUGAACACAGCAUUUGAGGACUUCGCCCACGUCAUAAGCUUUGACAAGAGGGCUGCUGCGCUGGACGCAGGCAACAUCAAGCUGACCUUCAAUAGUCUGCUGGAAAAAGCAGAGGCACGGGAGAGGGAACGGGAAAAGGAGGAGGCCCGAAGGAUGCGGCGCAGAGAAGCUGCCUUUCGAAGCAUGCUGAGGCAGGCCGUGCCUGCUCUGGAGCUGGGCACUGCCUGGGAAGAGGUCCGUGAGCGCUUUGUGUGCGACUCAGCCUUUGAGCAGAUCACCCUGGAGUCGGAGCGGAUCCGGCUCUUCCGAGAGUUCCUGCAGGUGCUGGAGACUGAAUGCCAGCACCUCCACACCAAAGGCCGAAAGCAUGGCAGAAAGGGCAAGAAACACCAUCGCAAGCGUUCACACUCACCCUCAGUGAGUCGGCAGGGCUCUGAGUCAGAUGAAGAGGACCUGCCCCCACCAUCCCUCCGGCCCCCCAAGCGGAGGAGGCGGAACCCCUCAGAAUCUGGCUCUGAGCCCUCCUCCUCACUUGAUUCAGUUGAAAGUGGGGGUGCUGCUCUUGGAGGACCAGGCUCCCCAUCUUCCCACCUUCUUCUUGGGUCAGAUCAUGGUCUUCGGAAAACCAAGAAACCAAAAAAGAAAACUAAGAAAAGAAGACACAAGUCGACCAGUCCUGACAGUGAGACGGACCCCGAAGACAAAGCUGGUAAGGAGAGUGAAGACAGAGAACAGGAACAGGACAGGGAACCCCGGCAGGCAGAGCUCCCUAACCGUUCCCCAGGCUUCGGAAUCAAGAAGGAGAAGACAGGCUGGGACACAUCAGAAAGCGAGCUGAGUGAGGGGGAGCUGGAGAGGCGAAGGCGGACACUCCUACAGCAGCUGGACGACCACCAAUGACCCCACGAGCUACUUUCUGCCUUGGACUUCUUGAGGCAGUGGCUCCAGGGUCGCCUCAGCAUCUGCCUCAAGACUCCUUCGUCUUGUCUGGUCUGUGUCCACUUUUCCUAAAGUAACCCACCCCCAACACACUACUGUUAGCACCUCUCAAGGUUGCUUUUGGUGUUCAAGGGUCCCCUAGUUCUCAGACAACUAGUGCAGUCCUUGCCCUCAGCCCCAGACCAGAGAUGGGCAGUCUAUACCACGGGGUGGGUAAUGCCAGUAGACAGUGCGAGAAGGGGUCUCCAGGAAAGAGACAGGCUGCUUGGACACAGCCUGGGUGGCCGAGGGCAGGGUCCUCACCCUCUAGCAUCAGUGCCUGCUCUUGCCUGAUCUGGCCCUGGGGCUCCACCACUGCUUCCUCUCCCCUGGGACCCGAUGUAUGUGUUUGGUUUUGUUUUUUAAAUAAUAUUUAUAACAUGAUCUACAA